AUGCCAAGUAAGGACUUCGCGAACGGUGUCGAUAACACAAACGGCACUACAGGAUUUGCCCAAGAGGGCUCACUUGCAUCCUUCAAGAACCUCUACCAGGGCCCGCCAGACAAGAACAAGAAGUGGGGCUGGACGGAGACGGAGCCAGAGGACGCCACAGACCCUGCUGAGAACGAGGAAACUGCCCAGCAUGCCCUGAUCACUCGUCUCCAGAAGGCGAACGACUCUCGCAAGAAGUAUCAGAUGCACUCAAUCAUCAUCCAGUCACCGUGGUUAAAGGAUGCACUCGCUGAGAUCCUGAACGAUUAUCCCGGCAUCCACUGCGGACUGAAGCGACUGGAGUUCGAGGCGCCAUUUAGUCCUUUCGUUCAUCGAUGGCCUCAGCUACUUGAGUAUAGGAGCAGGAAGGAUCUCGAUGCCACCACUGCUGAACACGUCGAGCUACUAUACAAGGUGCUUUGCACUGAACUGAAGGAUGUUAUCAAGACAUUUGAAGACUACGUUAGCCAUGGUAUCGUAACAUUUGAUCACAUCUGGAUCAUGUAUCAGCCUGGUGCUCUCAUCUACUCAAACUCCAACAAUGGAGCCUAUGGAGUCUACAGAUUGAAAUCUGGGUCCUACGGAAAUACCCAGUGUGGCAGGGUGUACCAGCUCAACGUUGAAGCUAUCGACUGGAACGGCACCUCUUUCGGUCGCAGUAGCCAGACAAUCCGACUUUGGGAGUUUCACGGUACUGCGCUCAUCUUGGGGCUCUCAGCUUUCCCCUUGUCCUUUCAUCCCCAUGAAUCCAAAGUCAAGGAAGCGCUGAUUAGUCGCGGUAAGAAGUUCGAAGCACUCGCAGGCAGUCACUACAUGGCAUACGAGGGCUUCGCAGUUACCUGGGAUAGAGAUGGGAACGAGGCACCCUACAUGUGCACCGGCCGUAUUAUCAUCGACUCAGACAGCUACCAGCGCUUCUCUCCUCGUUCUGUGGGCCGAAUUGAGCCCCUUCCCGCGAAAGAAUGCGCCAGGGACCCUGAAAACGCCUCUGAGAAGCUCGACAUCCAAGACCCAACUGAAACAAAGUAUGUCUUUGGGAAGCAGGAGAAAGAAAAACGCCUACGACUCACCGCAGAUCAUCAUCUCCUCUGCUUGCCUAGGGUGAGGGGCUACUCGCUCAAGAAGAAACAAUGGCUGCUCUUCUACAUCGAACUCAUUCAAGACAUCAAGUUCAAUGACGAUGCAUUUGCCUCCCUUGUUCUUCCCGAAGACCAGAAAGAGCUCGUUCUCGCUUUUGCCGAGUCGCAGGCUAUGAACCAGACCAGUUUCGACGAUGUCAUUAGUGGUAAAGGACGUGGACAUAUUACUCUCCUCAGCGGUCCUCCCGGAGUCGGCAAAACCCUUACCGCUGAGUCUGUGGCUGAGCAUAUGCGCGCUCCAUUGUUUAUGAUGUCAGCAGGCGACUUGGGCAUCGAUCCCGAUCAAGUUGAGACCAAACUCACCAACAUUCUCGAAAUGAUAUCCAAAUGGAAUGCUGUGCUUCUUCUCGACGAAUGCGACGUCUUCCUUGAAGCACGCAGCACGCACGACCUAGAGCGUAACAAACUCGUCUCCAUCUUCCUCCGCGUGUUAGAGUACUAUGAGGGCCUGUUGUUCUUGACUACUAACCGCGUUGAUAACAUAGACGCUGCCUUCCAGUCUCGUAUUCACAUCAGUCUGGCAUACCCUGACCUCACAUCUGCCUCGCGAAAGAGCAUUUGGCAGAAUUUCCUAAAGAGCUUGGGAGGCCUGGAGGAAUGGAAGGAUGAGGACGUAGAGGAGUUAGCAAGCGUGGAGUUGAACGGGCGCCAGAUCAAGAAUGUACUUAAGAGUGCAUCGCUCCUUGCUGCGCGGAAGAAGGAGAGUCUCAACAAGAAGUACGUGGACAUGGUUUUGGGAAUCGAAAAGAGAAGGCCAGGCGUUGCUGUGGGAUUCUAG